CCCCAACAAUAAUAUAUAACCUGCUGUCUCCUCCUCCUGCUGCUGCUGAAUCCUCCUCCUCCCUCAUCAUCAUCCUCCUCCUCCAUCGGAGCGAUGGAGUACGUGGUCGCCCGGGUGUCGCAGCAGGGCCGUCAUCACUUAUUGUCUGAUGAGUCGUCCGUCGCCGCCGCCCACCGUCCGACGCCUGUGUCUCAGCGGACUCGGGGCAGCGCCAUGACGCAGCAGCGCCGGCGGCAGGCUCUGGAGCAGGAGGUCGCCGAGCUCAAGCAGCAGCUCUCCAACCAGGAGACGGUGCACCAAAUCCUGGAGCGAGCUCUGCAGCCCAGCUCCGCGCGCUCCGCCCUCCUCACCAUCCCAGCCUUCAUCCCAACCAAGGCCAAGGAGCUGCUCGCCGAGCUGCUGCUCGUCGAGGAAGAGAUCGCCAGGCUCGAGGACCAGAUCCAGGCCAUGAAGAAUGGAGGAGGCAACAGAGCCGCGCCAGCGCCGCCGGAGAUCAAGUCCAUGUUCUUCAUCAGCCAGGCCAUGGACAUGGCCAUGAUCAAGACCACCCCGCCGCCGCCAAAUAAUCAUAAAGAAGCAGCAGGCAGCAGCCCCAAAUUAGCACCAACAAGCAGCAGGCAUUCGAUCGAGGGACGACGACACCCACUACCACCAUCACCACCACCACCACCAAAGGCCAGCAACAAGAGUAGUAGUAGCGCCAACAAGCUGUCGGAGAGGAUCGUCAAGUGCCUGAUCUGCAUCUUCAUCAGGCUGCUCAGGUCCUCGCGGGUCGCCGACCUCGACACCACCAGGAACCUGCAGCAGGCCGGGAGCUUCAGCUUCAGGAUCGACACCACCCUCAACGUGGCCACCGCUGCUGCUGCCAAGGACAAGGACAGGGGGCAGCAGGACCACUACGGCAUCUUCGCCAUCCCGGACGCCAUCGUCAGGGACGUCGGGCCCUACAAGAACCUCGUCAGGUUCACCUCCACCUCCCUGGACCUCAGAGGAUUCUCCACCUCUCCCCUGCUCACCAAGCUCAGGCAGAUGCUGGAGGCGCUGCAGCAGGUGGAUCUAAGGUCCCUGAGCCACCAGCAGAAGCUAGCAUUCUGGCUCAACGUCUACAACACCUGCAUCAUGCACGGGAUCCUGCAGCAUGGCUUGCCCUCAAACUCGGAGAAGUUGCUUGCACUCAAGAACAAGGCAACCAUCAACGUGUCGGGGCAAACGUUCAAUGCUCUGGUGAUCGAGAAUUUCAUCUUGAGGCAGCCGUCAAGUGUGAAAGAAGAAUUCUGGAGAUGCGACGUGGAUGUGGAAGAACAGCAAGUGAGGGAGCUCUAUGGACUCAAGACUUCAGAGCCCAACAUUCUGUUUGCGCUGUGCUGCGGCAUCAGAUCAUCUCCAGCCCUCCGUAUCUACAAAGCCGAUCGUGUCUCCAUGGACCUGGAGAAGGCCAAGCUGGAGUACCUCCAGGCAUCCCUGGUGGUGACGUCGUCGUCCGCGAGGAGGCUGCUGAUCCCAGGCCUCAUCCACUCCAACAUGCAUGACUUUGCAAAGGACAUGGAGUCGCUGCUGCGGUGGAUCUGCGAGCAGCUGCCGACGUCAUGGUCCCUCAGGAAAUCCAUGGUGGACUGCCUCAGGCAUCUCAACAUGGAGACGGGGAUGGAGGAGGCGGUGGAUGUCAUUGUCACCCCCCUGGACUACGACUUCCAGUACCUCCUGCCCAUGUGAUUCAAUUCGUUAAUUUUUUACGUACUAUGUAUGUAUGUAUGUAUAUUUUUUUUCUUGCGAGGUAUGUAUGUACGUACGUACGUACGUACGUAUGCAUAUAUGUAUACUUUCAGUAACAAGUAUGCCGGCAGGGAACGAAUGACGUGCAAAAUUAAAAGGCUAGCUGAUUGAUCUAUUAA